GCAGCUCGGCGCGGGUACAUGAUGGAGCUGCUGCACGUCUUCCACCUCCUGCCUGCCUUCCUGGUGAAGAUGAGUGGCGAUGUGCUGGACACGGCACUGAAGCUGCCUCAUGUGGAGUAUGUCGAGGAGGACUCUUAUGUCUUUGCCCAGAGCAUCCCCUGGAACCUGGGCAGGAUCAUACUGUCACAGCCCAGCUCGGGUGCCUACAGCCCUCCCAAUAAAGGUGACCUGGUGGAGAUUUACCUGCUGGACACCAGUGUACAGAGCACCCAUCGGGAGAUUGAAGGCAGGGUGCUUGUGACUGACUUUGAGAAUGUCCCUGAAGAGGAUGGGUCCCACUUCCACAGGCAGGCCAGCAGGUGUGACAGCCACGGGACCCACACGGCUGGGGUGCUGAUCGGGCGUGACGCCGGCGUGGCCACCGGUGCCAGCAUCCGCAGCCUCCGUGUGCUGAACUGCCAGGGCAAGGGCACUGUCAGCGGGACCCUCAUCGGCCUAGAGUUCAUCAAGACGAACCUGGAGACAAAGCCCUACGUGCCCCUGGUGGUGCUGCUGCCCUUUGCUGGUGCCUACAGCCACACACUGAACGCUGGCUGCCGGCGGAUGGCACAGCUGGGGGUGGUGAUGAUUGCAGCUGCUGGUAACUACAAGGAUGAUGCCUGUCUGUACUCACCAGCAUCUGAGCCAGAGGUCAUCACAGUAGGUGCCACCAACAGUGAGGAGCAGCCUGCUUCCAUCAGCACCCUGGGCACCAACUUUGGCCGCUGCGUGGACCUGUUUGCGCCAGGGGACGACAUCAUCGGCGCCUCCAGUGACUGCAGCAGCUGCUUCACGGCGCGGAGCGGGACCUCGCUGGCAGCCGCGCACGUGGCAGGCAUGGCUGCCAUGCUGCUCAGCGCCGAGCCCCGGCUCAGCCUGGCCGAGCUCCGGCAGCGCCUCCUGCACUUUGCCACCAAGAACGCCAUGGACAUGGCCUGGUUCCCCGAGGAGCAGCGGCUGCAGACGCCCAACAGCGUGGCUGGGCUGCCUGCCCAGCUGGGCACAGGCCGGCAGCUGUACUGCCGGUCGGUGUGGUCGGCACGCUCGGGGCUCACCGGGCACGCCACGGCCGCGGCUCGCUGUGCCGCCACCGAGGAGAUGCUCAGCUGCUCCAGCUUCUCCCGCAGCGGCAGGCGGCUGGGGGAGUACAUGGAGGACAAGGACGGGAAGAAGCGGUGCGUGGCCCACAACGCGUUCCGGGGCCGGGGCGUCUAUGCCAUCGCCAGGUGCUGUACGUGGCCCAGGGCCGAGUGCCGCAUCAACGCCAGCUGGGCGGCGGGCGCCGGCUGCUCCCCGCGGGAACACGUCCUGACCGGGUGCAGUUUCCACUCCUUUGGUGCAGUGCUGGGUGACGGCGGAAGACCUGUCCCGGGCCCGGGGGCCAGGCCCAGCCACUGCACUGGUGUAACAGAAGUGAUGACACACGCCUUGUGCUGCCCUGCCGCCAGCCUGCAGUGCCGGGUGGAGGAGCACAUGGCCCCAGGCUUCGCGGAGAAGGUGGCUGUGUCCUGUGAGGAGGGCUGGACGCUGACAGGCUGCAGUGCCCAUUCUCAGAGCCCCGGCACCAUGGGAGCCUACGCCGUGGAUGACACCUGUGUGGCAGCCAGCGCCCCGGGCAGCAGCGCGGCCACAGCCAUCGCCAUCUGCUGCCGGAGCCAGCAGUAGGGACAGGCUGAGCUGGAGCCGCGGCUGCCCUGCCCGGGCUUGCCCAGGGACUUUGGUGGACUGCUGUUGUCCCUGCCUCGGCACCUUGCCGGGGCUGAGCUGCUGUUCCUGGCACGCUCCCCGCUCUGACAUGCAGCUGCUGACAGUUUCUGCCCUUGGGCUGCUGUGAUGGUGGGGUACAAGGGUGUCCCACUCUCACAUACAGACCCUGGGGGCUCUGCCAGAGGUCUCCAAGCAGCCCCUGCGCAGCCAGAGCCCUGCUCCAUCACAGAAGUCACCUCAGCAUCCUUUCCUCACCACCUCUUUCUCUAAGGACUCUGAAUAGGAGCCAUCAAGAGGCUGCUCCUGUUGUCACACAGCGUUUGACAAACCCAUCACCUCCUCGUGGUGAGGAUCGCUCCCUUUCUUUCCUGGUUAGCUGAACAUUAGAUGCUGCUUAGCUCCUGGAGAAAUCAGAGUGUAGCCAUUUUGGGGCAGUUUUAUAAUUGCCUGCUCACAUCCCCAAGAGACUUCAGUUUUCAGCUGAGUGUAAGGGCUGUAGCUUAAACAGUCUGCUUGUUUUAAUUAGAUUUUAAUCUGCAUUGCUAGGAGUCAGCUUCUGCUUUGUUAGUUGCUAGUGGGUUUUUGUAAGUCAAAGUUAAUGAUCUGCUGGUGUUAGGCAUUGGAUUAACAGCUUCCCUCCUUUCAGCUCUUCCCUGGCUGUGAUUCCUCUUCAGAACAAAAGAGAGCAAACUUUCACAGUACCUUGGUUUGUACAUUUGUACCUCAGAUA